AUGGCCGAUGAAGAUCUCUCAGAUGAGCAGCUCAAGCAGCUUCUCAAGGAUGCUGAGCAAAGAUUGAAGGAAGCCAAAGGAAGCAAGGAACUCCAGACUCAGAAUGCUUCUGUGCCAAAGAGCAUUCCCAAGGUUGCGAACAAGCAGUUAAUCACGCCGUACAUAAGCACAACAGACAAUGGCGCCCACGUGGAUCCAUCCCACCUGGUAAACCCCCGCGAGAAGAAGCUUUCCAACGGCAUACGACGAGUUCAAGAUCCUCUCGAGAUCAAGGCCCAAGCUGCUCAGGCCAAGAAAGCCUCUGCGGGUUCGGACUGGUUCAACUUGCCUGCCACGAAAAUGACGCCCGAGUUUAAGCGUGACCUCCAGUUGCUCCGAAUGAGAUCCGUUCUUGAUCCCAAGCGCCACUACAAAAAAGAAUCAUCGAAACAACUAGUGCCUGAAUUUUCACAAGUGGGUACUAUCAUCGAGGGACCAACGGAAUUCUUCAGCGCCAGACUAUCAAACAAGGAGAGGAAACGAACGUUCGUCGAGGAAGUACUUGCUGGUGAAAAUGCUUCUGGUCGAUUCCGCAAUAAGUACGGGGAGAUUCAGGCCUCCAAGUCUAGCGGCAAGAAAGAAUAUUACAAGAAAUUGAAGGCAAAGAGACGUGGUGGGGUUUCAAAGGGUUGA